AUGGCCUUGUCUGCGCACCUCAUUGCAGUUCAAGCGGAGCUACAAGGAGAGGCUUUGGUGACACCGACUGGCGUGGACCCCAAUUUUGCGCUAGGUCAGAUCCAAGGGCAAGAGCCGCCAGGUGAAAGCAUUAGCAUAGCCAUAGUUGCCUGCGUCGGGCCCAAGGUGCUUGUCUCAGUGCCAGGAGGUGCUUGGGACAAAAAGGCCAGCAAAAGAAAAUUGCCAGCUAGUUGUUUGGAAAAACCAUUAUCACUAGCUGUUGCUGGCUGCACUAUUGAGGACCGUGAGACGGCUUUAGAUUCCCAACAGCUCACCGUUUGGCUUGGGUGGCUGAAGUCAGAAUUUUGGGAGCGAAUUAGCUUUGAGCUUUCCGAUCCCCCUGCAGUUGAUUUCAUCUGCCGAGCGACUGGGGAAGCAUGCUUCCCAUUCGGUGCCGCUCUGUUGGAAGCCGCAAAAGAGAAGUUUCAAGUCAACGCAGGGCCGGGAACCUUCCAAGACGAGGAUCGCAUCUCGGCUCUGGAGCACAAGUUCCAAUCCUUGCAGACGGGAUUGGACGAACUUCUUGCACACCACAGAGGCGAGUCUGGGUAUGUCACAGCAAGCGAUGGCUGGUUCAAGCCCAGGAGAGAGCAAGUCCUGCAAAGCAAGGCGAAAGUUGCAGCCACUCCUCCCGGUUUGGGGGGGUCGUCUCCUAUUCCGGGUCUGGACCCAGGGACAGUGGCAGCAGCUCUGCAGGCAGGAGUGCCAAUGGAGCAGCUUGCAGCCAUGGGAAAAGUUUUGCAGGGGAAGCCCAGCAAAUUGGAGGAUGUUCCGCGUACUGCAGCGGAAGCGAUGAGUUCAGAAUCAGAAGGAGAGUUGUGCGGCGCAUCGCUCACUGCUGGCCAUGCGAAGCAGCUAGACGAUCACAAGGGCACCCCUGCAGACCCCAUGACAAAAGCCGUGCUGCAGCUGACGCAGAUCGUUGGCAAGCUUUCCAAGCGAAAAGAGGACACGCUAGAAGACACCUUAGAUGCGAUGGGCGGCACAAGUGGAUCUGGGUCGGCAGAUGUGUCGGCCUCGUUGGGUCGAAAACACGCUGCAGCCCGGCAGGCUUUGAUCAAGACGUUCAAGGACAACCCAGCUCAAAUUUGGAAGUCCAUCGAAAACAAUAUGAGUCAGGAUUUCCAUCUGUGCAGCGCGCUGCCGAACAGCUCAGCCGCAACCUUCACAGCACGUGGCUGGGCCGAGCACCGCUCAAAGAUACAAGGCUACGUGCGGACUGUGAGAUGGGUGUGGGGCAUCGCUGGCGUGCUGGACAGUUUGAGAGAUGGGCAGACAGAUGCUGCUCGUGCCCGGUGCUGCCUGCUCUUAGCCAUGGCAGAACAAGAGAGCCUGGAUCACGGAUCAUUUCUCCUUGCCCAAGAGUUUUCCAUGGAGCCUGCUGCCCCAGUGAGCAGUUUCCAACAACAUGUCUUACCAGAGCCAACAGAGAUGGCCACAACGAAGCUUUUGGACCCGAGAAAAAGGCAAGGGCGGAGGAGGCGGAGGAAAGGGGAAAGGCAAGAAAUCAGAGAAGCCGGAGGGGGAAGCCGAUUAGGCCCGCAGGCCUGCGGCAUGGCCAUGGGUGCUUGCACGCGGCCGAAUCCGGAAGGUCCUUUGCUGUGCUCUUCUACACCAGCGCGGGGGGAUUGUAUCCCUACUGCAAACUACAGUCGGGGGCCUCUCCGUGAUUCUGGUCAGCCUGCUGAUUGCCCUUUGGCUUGCGACAAAGCCCAGCCCGGCAAUUUUGAGGCAGUCGAUUUUUUGAACCAAAGCAAGGAUUUUUUUCUGCAUGCCAAGCUUAGUAGCGGUGAAGCUGCGGCUGAACACAAUGGGGCCGCCGACUUUGUGGACACGAAGAAUGUCCCUGGGUCCAAUGCUUCGACCAUUCAAAUUCAAUCUUUGUGGCGCGCCUUGCCUCGUUUGAUUUUGAAGGCAGGUACGCCUUUUGCAAGUUUCUUCAGGACAAUGCUUGAACAGCCGCAGACGGCCUCUCCAACUGGCCGAACAGCUUCCAUUUGGCCAAUGGGAUUGCCUUAUGAAGAGAACAAGUCCCGUGGUCUUGUCGACUAUGAGGAGUCCGCAUUCCGGAGGCUUUUGAACCUUCAAAUUGCUUUUCUCAACCAUUUGCAUUUGGGGUGCCCUCUUGUUGCUCCGGAUCACAUCCGCCAAGGCUCUUGCCUUAGUGCUAAACAGUGGGCGGUAGUGGCUCGGCUCCGUCGGCUCGGUGAAGCUUGGAAAUGUCUCAAGCCCAUCUCUGCAAAAGACAUGGGUAGAACAGCGGCAAAGCAAGAGAGGCAAGAGGAAGUUCUUGCUCAACUCUAUGAAGUAGCUCGAGGUGCUGCGCAGGGUCUGAAAAAGUAUGCACCGCAAGGCGGUGGGGUCAGCGUCACUAGGCCCAGCAGGGAAUCUGGUGAAGUCAUAGGAAAGCUCCAAAAGGCUGACAUUUCCGGUGCCCAAUCCAUCAUUGCUUCUAGGAUCAAAAUGGAGGGAAAGCCAACGUUUGAUCCGCGACCUUUUCUUGAUGAUGAUUCGCGAAACUUGUAUGAAGACCCGUGGGCUUGUAACAUUGAACCUUGCAAAGCUGUCCUUCAUCCCCCUCGGGUCCAAGUUCAUGCGGUUUUGGAAGAAAAGUUAGCUUUACUACGUUUGCUAGAAGCUAGUGGUAGGUUGGCUUUUCGGGGUCAGAAUGAAGUUGUUGAGGGCUUUGGCAACGGCUUAUUUAGCGUCGUGAAGAAUACUGAAGUUGAUCGCCUUAUUCUUGACGGUAGGCCCGCAAACAAGCUUCAAUGUCCUCCCAACAAGUACAUCAUGACCAUGGGCGCGGCGUCAACUCUCUUGGGUAUUUUCUUGGAGCCAUCAGAGAAGCUGCUUAUGGGUGGUGAUGACUUGUCAAAUUUCUUUUACACAUUUGCUGUCAAUGAAGCACGGGAAGCGCGAAAUUUUUUGGAGUGGAAGAUUCCGGUAAAAAUCGCACAAAGAUUUUCUUGUUUCCCGGCCUAUUUGUCCACUGAAGAGUUUGUGUACGCAUGUUUGUCAAGCUUGGCUAUGGGCGAUUCAGCAGCAUGUGAGUACGCGCAAACGGCGCACAUUUCUAUGGGUCUACAAUGCGGGGCUUUCAACGAAGAGCAUCUACUAACUCUACACGGUCGCGUCCCGCGGUCCCAUUUCAUGUCUGGUAUCAUCAUUGACGACUAUAUCACGGUUGAGAAGGUUCACAUGGAUGCCACGCAUGCAAGCGAGUCAGGCACGCGUAGGUCACGUAUGCACAGUGUCUAUAAGCAGGUGAAGUUGGAUGCGCACCCUACUAAAGGUUUUGCCGACGAAGAGGUUGCCAGCUUCUGGGGUGCCGAUGUUGACGGACGUGCUGGGUUGGUGCGCGGCUCGAUUUCACGGGCAGCGUCCUUGAUCUGUGUUACAGUCCAGGUUGCGUGCUUGGGUGUUGCUUCGGUAUCCCUUCUGGAGGUUUUGGCAGGUGGCUUCGUGUCGCUCUUUGCUUUCCGUCGGCGAAUGAUGUCUCUUUUGGACUGGAUCUACGUGGUUAGUAAGGAAAUGCAUCGGCAUGGGGUUAACAAGUCCUGUUGGACGAAGCUUUUGUCACCUUUCAAAGCUCACCAUCGUGGGAAAGCCCUUUUAUCCCCUGAAGAAGAACUUCCUGGGGAUGAGGUUGCGUUCACUGAACAUCCCUUGUGGGAGGUCUGCGCUAGAGGUUUGGACUAUCAGGUGUGUUGGAAGCGACAGGCAAAGGCUGGGCGUCACAUCAACCGUGGGGAGCUGGCCUCUUUCCUGCGUGCCGAAGUGUUGGGUGCUCGCGCUGGUGGUGAUAUUCGCGUUGCUAUAGGUAGCGAUUCGCAGGUCACACUUGGUGCUGUCUCCAAGGGUCGGUCGGCUUCGCCAAUCUUGAACCGGUGUCUCAAGCAAAGCCUUCCACACGUAUUAGGUCUUGGUAUUUAUUCUUCUGGGGGUUACGUCCGAUCUGCCUUCAAUCCAGCUGAUGACCCAACUAGGGGGGUGGCUUUGCGCAUUGCGGAUAUUGUUCUACCAGUUUGGUGGACAGCACUGGCGCAGGGUAACACACGUUUAUUUGACGAGUUUCUGGCAGCUUGCAAUCUCCAUCCUCUACAAAUGAGUGGUUUUCCAAGCUUGAACCAGUUGGUCAUGCAAGAUGAAAGUGUGCUUGACAGUUCAAUACGUAAGUCAAUGCGAAGUUUCCAUUUGAAGAUCAAGAAGAACCUGCGGCUCAAAGCCGCCGCAAAAGUUGGCAAAGCGGAUGCUCAGGUAUCUAAAGCAUGUGAAACAUGUACAGGUUCAGGGCCACAUUUGACUUGUGAAGCACAAGAAAUGUUAACCAGUUUCGGCCGAGAACAAUUUAUCUCUCAUGAUAGUGUUUGGCCACCUUCUCAACCUGGUUUCUUAGAUUUGUAUUCCGGAAGGCGUGGUUUAGCUCGUUUUGCUGUCAGCUAUGGUGCGCCAUGGGUAUUGUGCAUUGAUGUGAAAGAUGGUCCCCAAUGCGAUCUCCUCUCUCCAGAAGUUCGCAAGAAAAUAGACCACAUGUUGGCUUUGGGUGUUUUCAUUUUUGUGUCUGCUGCUAUCAUUGGCACUUCCUUUUCAAGAGCUAUUACACCUGCAGUGCGAAGUUUUGAACACCCGGACGGUUUGGCUGGCGUCUCAUGGCGUAUGCGGGAAAAAAUUUCUGUCGGAAACAGUCACUCGAGAUGGUUGGCUUCCCUGGUCCGCAGCUGCAUCAACAUGGGUAUUGGCUAUUUGGUGGAGAAUCCUGACAAUUCUUUUCUCUGGCUUCAAAAAGAGUGGACGAAUUUGCCUCAUGGAGCCGCAGAAAGGUUUUUCAAAGUUGAUUUUUGCAGAUUCAAUACAGCAUGGCGAAGACGCACGCGUUUUCUGACAAAUGGGCGUUUGGCUCAUGUACGGCAUUUAUGUCAGUCAGACCAUCGGCACUUGGUCCUUAGAGGCCGAUCAAAGAAACAUGGUGCAUCUUGGGCCAAAAUUGGGGAGCCCUAUCCUCGAGGGCUUUGUGCUCUCUUGGCUCGUUCUAUUUGUUUGGAUUUAGGCAUCUACAGCAGCCCAAACAGUUUGCCAUGUAGGUCAAACCAUCGCCGGAUUGGCGAAGCAAAAAAUCCUGGGCCAAGAUUUAAAAAAUUGCAGCCAAAGGAUGUUUCUGCUUUAGACAAGGUAGAGCUGGUCAGUCGAGCAACCAUGGCCCUUGGCAGUGGGCAGUUUGAAAAGUUUGUUUUUUGGGUUAAGCAGCAUUUUGGUGGAGAUGCGUUGCAUUACAUCUGGUGGGUGCCAACCUUGUUUGGAGCUGUUUUGGCAGCAUAUGGCCGCCAUUGGUAUGGCUUAGGUGGCGCUUUGUACAAUUACAGGCAUUUGGUAGUUUAUUGUCAGCGUGAGAUUCCCAAUUUGCGGGGUGGUCUUGAUGCAGCUUGGAAAAUUAUCAGUAAAUGGGAAGAGCUGGAACCUGUGCAACAUCGCAGACCAAUACCUUUGGUUCUCUUGCAAGCCAUGGUGGUAGUAGCUUUGCAGUGGCAGUGGCAUAGGGUAGCUGGUAUCCUUCUCCUCACUUUCCAUGCUUGUUGUCGGCCAGGCGAAGUGCUUGGGGCUAGAAGAGCAAACUUAGUGCUGCCUGAAGACUUGGGCGGCAACUAUGGCGAUCCUUGUUUUUUGAAGAUCACAAAACCAAAGCCUGGAAGAAGAGGGCUUGGAAGAAUCCAACAUGCUAAGGUCCGAGAUGGCACUGUUUCGCGUUUCCUUUCCAGUUUGUUUGGAAAGCUUGAUGCGGAUGAAGCCUUGUACCCUGGAACUGCAAGCUCCUUCCGGACGAGAUGGCGUCAUUUGCUUAUAGCUCUUGGUGUGCCCCCUGCUGCAAAAAUUUCUCCAGGUUGCCUUCGCGCGGGCGGGACAGUAGAGCUUUACCGCCAAGGAAUGCCAAUUAUGGACAUUCUGUGGGCGCUCAGGUUGAAAAACCUCGAAACUUUGCAGCACUAUUUGCAAGAAAUCUCCACUGAUGUCACUAUGAUUGACCUACCAUGUAGCAGCCGUGUGCUCAUACAGAACAUGUCGCUUUUGUUUUUGCAUUUCCUUUCUGUUCAUGGACAGUGA